AUGACCACCACCCACCACCACCGUCGCCGUCACCACCACCCACCAUCACCGCCGCUGCCACCCACAGCUACUGCCUGCGAUGCCACCACCAUUACCAUCAUCGUCGUUACCACCGUCGCCGCCGCCUCUGACCACCACCUCCACCACCCACUCACUACCACUGCCACCAUUGCCACCCCACCACCACUACCAUUACCCACCACCACUACCAAUGUCAUCACCCACCACCGCCGCCGCCCCACCACCACGAAUAACACUACCACCACCACUACCAACGCUGCCACCGUCGCCGCUACCACCACCGUCACCGCCACCAGCCGCCACUGCCAGCACCAGCACCAUCACCGCUAUCGCUGUCACCACCAGAUGACACUGCCACCAUCAUCACCACUUCUGCCACCACAAUCAAUGUCACCACCCCGUCGCAACCACCAUCACCGCCACCCAUCAUUGUUGCCGCCACCACUGCCACUGCCACCACCGCCACCAUCGCAAAAAUUUACUAUUUUUAUAAUUUUCAUAAUGUAUUUUUACAAAUAA